AUGCCUGAUGGAUAUACGAAUCUGGAUUUUGUGGAUGGAAUCGCCCACGGGACACCAGGUAUGCUUGAUGACUUAUCGGCUCGCGAUUGGCCGGCACUAGAUGAGCAAGCAAACACCCAGUCUAUUAUGGUUGUUGUCGUCAAUCGUAAGGCGUGUGAAGAGGGGUGGGUCUCGUUCUUGGCUCCGAACUAUAAGGGGGAAGUCCUUUCCUUCAGAGUCCGCGAGAGGGCAUCUUGGGUGUCCCAACUGGUUCUUGAAUUUAUGGAGGGCCAGAGCUUGGAAGAGAAUACUGUGGACCCCGAUCAGGAUGUGGAAUGUUACAUGCGUGAAAACCCCCAUGGCUAG